AUGAAAUUAUUCAUUGCUUUCUCGCUCCUGAUUAUUUUCAUUGCAUUCCAGGGACAAAUUUCUUGUUUCUCCUUAAAUAUACCUGCGUCUCCUGGCUACUAUCAAGAUGGAGAUUUUGUUAUUGGAGGACUCUUUUCCCUUAAAGUGACUUUUGGAGACAUGAGAAACAGAUUUGGCUUUGAAAGUACAACCUAUAUUCCGGAUUAUGUUUAUGCGGAUCUCACUAAACAUUAUCAGCACAUGCUGGCAAUGGUUUUCGCUAUAGAAAACAUCAACAAAGACCCGAACAUUCUGUUCAACAUGUCCCUGGGAUUCUACCUCUUCAAUGUCAACUUCAUUGAGAUGAAAGCCAUGGAGAGCUCUAUGGCUUUGCUCUCGGGAAGGAGCCCCCCCAUUCCUAACUACAGCUGCAGGCAGAAAAGUCACAAGCUGGUUGCUGUGAUAGGAGGCAUUUCAACAGGAAUGUCAACCCAGAUCUCCCGAAUCCUGAGUCUCUAUAACGUCCCACAGAUCAGCUAUGCUCCUUUUGACCAGAGUCUGGGGACCAGAGUCCAGCCCCAAUCUCCUUACCAGUUUCCUGUGAACACUGCAGCUCUCUAUCAGGGGAUUAUUCAACUGCUGCUGAACUUCAGUUGGGUCUGGGUUGGCCUUGUGGUCCCAGAUGAUAUGAGGGGAGAACUAUUCCUUAGAGACAUCACAGAAGAGAUGACCAUCCAUGGACUUUGUGUUGCAUUUGCAGAAAAAAUUCCAGAAUUUCCUGCUAAGGACACAACAAACAGGCUACGUUUCACAGAAAGAUUCACACUGACAAAUGUCGUUGUUGUAUUUGGAGACACAUAUUCUCUUCUGAGGCUUGUCUAUAACAUCUUUUGCAAUAUUCCUCUUGGUAAUGUCUGGGUCACAACUUUGGACUGGGAUAUCACCACAUUACCAUUUGAACAAAGUCUAAGUUAUACAUACUUCGGUGGAGGAUUAUCAUUUUCUGUUUACAUGGAUGAAAUUCUGGGAUUCAAGGAUUUUCUCAGGAGUGUUCAACCUGGGAAAUACCCUCGUGAUAUCUUUAUCCAGGAUGUGUGGUCAGUAUUAUUUGAAUGUCCAUAUUCAAAUCAGGACUUUAUCAGGGAAUUGAGUCAGUGUGAGCAAAAUGGCACCCUGGGCACACGAGCUCUGCAUGCUUGGGAUAUGAAUACCUCCCCCGCAAGCUACAGAGUCCAUACUGCAGUGUACGCCAUCGCCCAGGCACUGCAUGAGGAGCUGUCACUCAGAAUGGAAGGAGACUCACUUGAUAAAGGUGCACCCCCGGCUCCUCUCCCAUGGAAGCUCCAUCCAUUCUUAAAAAGGGGCCAACUUGGAAGAAACACUGACGAGGAGAGCGUUGUAAAUAAGGAGGGACGGACAACCAAGCUUGACAUCUUUAACUACCAGUCUCUGCAGAAUGGUACCAAAGCUCAAGUGAACGUUGGCGAGUUCAUCUUUGAAUCUCACGGUGUUCAGCAUUUUUCCCUAAAUGAUAAACUGAUAACUUGGGGCGAACAGUACAGUAAAACUCCUCUCGCUGUCUGCAAUCCAAGCUGUCUACUCGGAUUCAGAAAAACACCUCUUGAAGGAAAACCAUUUUGUUGUUUUGAUUGCCUCCCUUGCCCAGAUGGAGAGAUUGCAAAUGAAACAGAUAUGGAUCAAUGCAUCAAGUGUCCUGAAGAUCAGUAUCCAAAUAAGGAGAGAAAUCAGUGUCUCCCUAAAAUUAGGACAUUUUUGUCCUAUGAAGAUACUCUGGGAGCUGUUUUGGUCUCUCUGGCCAUUAGUUUGUCUGCCUUCUCGGCUCUGAUUUUAGGAUUAUUUAUCUGCUAUCGGGACACACCCAUUGUCAGAGCAAAUAACAGAAAUCUCAGUUAUAUUCUCCUUGUUUCUCUAAUGCUCUGUUUCCUUUGCUCAUUGGUAUUCAUUGGCCAACCUAGAACAGUCACCUGUGUCUUGAGACAAAUGAUUUUUGGGGUUGUGUUUUCUGUUGCUGUUUCUGCUAUCUUAGCAAAGACCUUCAUUGUGGUUGUGGCCUUCAAAGCCAUCAAACCAGGGAGCACAUUGCAAAUGUGCAUGGUGACUCGACUCUCAAACGCAAUAGUCUGCAGUGGUUCCCUCAUCCAAGUGUGCAUCUGUGCAGCCUGGCUGGGAACAUAUCCUCCUUUCCCUGACGUUGACAUGCAGUCAGAGUCUGAGCAAAUCAUCCUUUGGUGUAACGAGGGCUCCACCCUUGCCUUCUAUUGUGUCCUGGGGUACUUGGGCUUUCUGGCCAUUCUGAGCUUGCUUAUUGCUUUUCUAGCGAGGAGGCUACCAGACAGAUUCAACGAGGCAAAAAAUAUCACGUUCAGCAUGCUAGUUUUCUGCAGUGUGUGGAUUUCCUUCAUACCCACUUACCUGAGCUCCAAAGGCAAAACCAUGGUGGCUGUGGAAACUCUUUCAAUUCUGGCCUCCAGCACUGGCUUACUGGCCUGUAUAUUUCUCCCCAAGUGCUAUGUGAUCCUACUAAGAUCAGGUGACCAGACAAGAAAAAAAUUUUUUAAAAAACUUCCUUCUUAA